CCGCCGAGGCCUCCUGCCGCCGCCAUGUCCGCUAGCGCCGUCUACGUGCUGGACCUGAAAGGCAAGGUGCUCAUCUGCCGGAACUACCGGGGUGACGUGGACAUGUCGGAGGUGGAGCACUUCAUGCCCAUCCUGAUGGAGAAGGAGGAAGAGGGCAUGCUGUCGCCUAUCCUGGCCCAUGGCGGCGUCCGCUUCAUGUGGAUCAAGCACAACAACCUCUACUUGGUUGCUACCUCCAAGAAGAACGCGUGCGUGUCGCUGGUGUUCUCCUUCCUCUACAAGGUGGUGCAGGUGUUCUCGGAGUACUUUAAGGAGCUGGAGGAGGAGAGCAUCCGUGACAACUUUGUCAUCAUCUAUGAGCUGUUGGAUGAGCUCAUGGACUUCGGCUACCCACAGACCACAGACAGCAAGAUCCUGCAGGAAUACAUCACUCAGGAGGGCCACAAGCUGGAGACGGGGGCCCCCCGGCCCCCCGCCACUGUCACUAACGCUGUGUCCUGGCGGUCCGAGGGCAUCAAGUACCGGAAAAACGAGGUGUUCUUGGAUGUCAUCGAGUCAGUCAACCUCUUGGGUAAAUACCCAGGAGUGGGAUUGCUGGGUCAUACGGUCAGCGCCAAUGGAAAUGUGCUGCGCAGUGAGAUCGUGGGCUCCAUCAAAAUGCGGGUUUUCCUGUCGGGCAUGCCGGAGCUGCGCCUGGGCCUCAAUGACAAGGUGCUCUUCGACAACACAGGCCGUGGUAAGAGCAAGUCAGUGGAGCUGGAGGACGUGAAGUUCCACCAGUGCGUGCGGCUCUCGCGCUUUGAGAACGACCGCACCAUCUCCUUCAUCCCGCCCGACGGCGAGUUUGAGCUCAUGUCCUACCGCCUCAACACCCAUGUGAAGCCCCUGAUCUGGAUUGAGUCUGUCAUCGAGAAACAUUCGCACAGCCGCAUUGAGUAUAUGAUCAAGGCCAAGAGCCAGUUCAAGCGACGAUCAACGGCCAACAAUGUGGAGAUCCACAUCCCCGUGCCCAAUGAUGCGGAUUCACCCAAGUUCAAGACCACCGUGGGCAGCGUCAAGUGGGUGCCGGAGAACAGCGAGAUCGUGUGGUCCAUCAAGUCCUUCCCGGGUGGUAAGGAGUAUCUGAUGCGAGCGCACUUCGGCCUGCCCAGCGUGGAGGCGGAGGACAAGGAGGGCAAGCCCCCCAUCAGUGUCAAGUUUGAGAUUCCCUACUUCACCACCUCUGGCAUCCAGGUACGCUACCUGAAGAUCAUCGAGAAGAGCGGCUACCAGGCCCUGCCCUGGGUUCGCUACAUCACUCAGAACGGAGACUACCAGCUCCGGACCCAGUGA